AUCCAUAUUUGGCUGUACUGUCCUAACAGAACAACACCACUACAGAACGGACACACUCCAGCAGAGUUACUGAUGGGAUGCAAAUUACGUUCUACUUUGCCUUUAUCUCCAGAAAAGCUGAAACCUAUGUUAUUAGACGCGGAACAAUUAAGAAAGAACGAACAGACAUACAAACGUCAACAAACACAACGUUACAACAAGCGACAUAGAGCGACAUGUUUGUCUGACCUGAGUCCUGGAGAAACAGUUUGGUUGCCAGAAAUGAGUUUUCCAGCAGUUGUUGUUUCCAAGUCACCCGAACCAAGAUCAUAUAUUGUGCAAACGGAAAAAGGCACGGUGAGAAGAAAUAGACAACAAGUAGUACCCAGUCCAAAGGAACCAGUUAUGAGAGAAUCACAACCUACGAACGACAGUACGAGUGAGAACAUUUCAUGUCCCAAUAGUACGUCCGACAAUGUCGUGAGAACUCGUUCAGGACGUGUUGUUGUACCGCCUAAUAGACUCAAUUUGUGA